AUGCAGAGAGAGGGAAGAGCUAGACAAGCGGCCUUUGCGGUGCCUCACAGGCCGUUCGGAGUGGGAUCAAGUAAGGAAGUAGCAGCGAGCUUUGUGGAACCUCGGAGGCCGUUUGGAGAGGGAUCAAGUAGGGCUGAGGGGAAGGAGGAGGGGGAGGACGAGGAGGAGGACGAGGAGGAGGAGGAGGAGGAGGAGGAGGAGGAGGAGGAGGAGGAGGAGGAGGAGGAGGAGGAGGAGGAGGACGGGGAAGGAAGGAGGAAUCUGCCAAGUGCCGCAGCGAUUGGAAAGGGGUUGCUGGGACAUGAAGCACCGGGGGCAGAUAUGGGCAGGUUUGAGGACGUGGGGUUUGAGGAGAUGGGGUUUGAGGAGAUGGGGUUUGAUAAAAUGGGGUUUGAGGAGAUGGGGUCUGAUGAAAUGGGGUUUGAGGAGAUGGGGUUUGAUGAUAUGGGGUUUAAAGGCUUGACAGAAGGUGAGAGGGAGUGGAUCUCUGAUCUUGCGGAGCAGUUUGCUCAGCAGCUGGGGCGGAUAGAAGAAACCGAUGGGGCUAGAGGGAGUGGGGUUGGUGUUACAGCAGGGAGGGAGGGAGUGGAAGAAUGGGAGAUGACUUCAGAGGAAGAAGGCAGUGGAAGCAGAGAGACUGCUGGUGGGGAAGGAGUGAUGGAGGAGGAAGGAGCGAUGGAGGAGGAAGGAGGCGCAGUGGAGACGAGGAUGGGAACGGAUGAGCGUUUGGCGAUGGAAAUGGGGCCAUAUGAUCGAUACUUCCAGCUGCCUAGCUCUGAGGAUUCGCCUCACGAAAGCAGACAGCAAGGAGGCGGGACAAUCUCUGUGGGUGAAAACGGCCGUGGCGGUCAACAGGGUCAACAGGGCGGAGGGGCAGGUGUGGUGGUGGGUGUGGCAGCAAGGGGUUCAUCCUCUCAUGCAGGCAUGGAGCAGAGUCUUACUCCAGUACGAACCACAGCACAGGCAGCAGGGCAGCACGCAUUGGCAGCAGGGCAGCACGCAGUAACAGGGGCACAAGUGUUGGAAGGACAGCAAGCGUUGGCUAGGCCGCAAACAGCAGGGCUGCCAAUCCCAAGCGAACCACGAACGGUUUCAUGGGGUUUCAGUGUGGAUGUGUCUAGGGGAUUCAUGACCCCUGGUGAGGAUGGUUCUCUGAAAGAAGCGAAGGAGGAGGUGGAGGUUCCCAGCAUGGCAGGGAUCUCCCUGGAGCAAGAUGCCUCAAAGGGAACCAGAGGCUAUGGGACAGGUGGUGGAACCCUUAACCCUGCAUCGCCUACCCCUGGUGCUGGAACCUACACCAUUGAUGCACUCGAGAGGUUCUUGAUGGAUAAUGGGGACCAUAGGGAAUAA